GGAACCAGAGACCACAGUAUCUUGGGCAAGACAACAGAAUCCACUACAAUGGGAGAGUAAAUUGUGGCAUCACCGAGAAGACUGGUACAUAGAGGUAAGCUCCAGAUAGAGCAUUUGGGGAUACAAAGGAUACGAGGGAGAAUGUUCUGGCCUACAAAUCUUACAACUUCUUCUAGGUUAUAAAGUAAAGAAGCUCUUGUCUCUUCAGCUAAAAAAGUACACCCAAGAGGAAGGAAUACAUUGAGCUAAAGCCUGAGUGUCCUGGAGUGCUAACAGACAGGAAGGCUGGUGCUGUAUUGACCAACCCUGCCUAUUUCAGCCUCACAGCGCAGGCACAGGGUGUGCCCCAUAUGCUCCAGAUGUGUCCACAGUUGUGCCUCUGGCACAUCCUGCCCCCUCUUGUCCACCUGGUGGAUCCUCGGUACCUGGACUCCUAUGUCACUUCCUCUUUGAAGCCUUCGGAUCUACCACCCUCCCCCGAUAGAAAUAGGUCUUCCUUGCUCUCUUUCUGAACAUAGCACCCCUAGAUCACCUCCUGAAAUUCUCUAUAGGCACAAGACCCUUGGGAUGGAUGAAAAUGGGCAUAAGGCUUCCAAAGCAGCCAAGGAGAUGUAUACACUAUCCCACUUUGCAAAUAUUAUGCACCAAGUACAAGACAAUCCAACAUGCAAACAAUGAGCAAUGCCACAGCACUCCAAGCAAUACCUGCCCACUGCUCACAAACCUCCAAGAUGGGAGGACUGUGAGCCCCCUCCCACCCAGAAACCUGCUCUACAUGUGCAAUACUAAGGGCUGUCAAUCCCCACGCCACCAGCACAGGGCCAACAUAGCCCCAUCCCCACUGACCAGGUCUAUGCUGUCUUUCCUAAAGUUCCCUCUGAUGCUCAGAGGCCUGCCCUGGUCCAGCCUUCUCAGGCCUGACCCAAGACACUGGCCUCCACACUUACCCCAAAGCCAAUUAGCUUUUCUGUGAAUGACUAUCUUAAAUGGGACUUGGAUUGAAUUGGGGUGCCCAUCACUUAGAGAAAAGCCCAUGACCUUCUCUUCUUCCCUCCUGACUUGUACCUUAGUCAUUCUCAGCAGUAUUUACCUGCUUAGGAACCUUACCACCUUCUCUACCUGGCAGAAUCUUGCCCCACUCCUGCCCCACCCCCCAAACUGCACCUGCCUACAUUGGACCUUCAGUGCAUCCUCUAGUACUGCCUGACCUCCCAUCCCCACAUGAACCUGUUCACCAGGGCAGUGGCUCAUCUGCCUGCUCUGUAGCUGGGACUACCACUGGUCUGUUUAGACCUAGGCAGCCCCCACUGAUUCCAAGGACAUAAGCCUACAGGUCUUCUUCAAACCCCAAAGAAGUGGCAAGAAAUUCCUUCUUGUAAGAUAAAGACCAAUGCAGGACCAGUUCCCAUGGCUUGAUGAGAGGGAACAGACAUGGGGCUGGACUUCUGGCUGUGCCUGGAUCACCCCCCCUUGGGCCUUAUUGGUGACAAGAAAGCCACAGCAAGAAAGAGGGCCAGAGAGGGUUACCACAGGCCUGGGUGAUGGCUUCAUUCCAGUGGGGAGGCGGUUCUCCUUCUAGGCCUGCCUGGCUUCCAGGGGCCCCAUUCCCCACAGCCCAGUCCCUACUCCCAGCAGCCUGGCUUUAUGACUUCAUUCAUUGGUAACUUGGUGACAGUGCUGAGUGUUCCACUCCUCCAAGCCCAGGCCCAGCCCAGCCAGACACCUCCCCACAGUGGGAAUGAGGACAAUCCCUGCUGGCCCGUGUGGGGAGGGGAUGUAGAGGGCAGUGGCACCGGCCGCUCCUGGCACCAUGGAUGAUGCCGCGGUCUUAAGGAAGAAGGGUUACAUUGUGGGGAUCAAUCUGGGCAAGGGCUCCUAUGCAAAAGUCAAAUCUGCCUACUCUGAGCGCCUCAAAUACAACGUAGCAGUCAAGAUCAUAGACCGCAAGAAAACGCCCACCGACUUUGUGGAAAGAUUCCUUCCUAGAGAGAUGGACAUCCUAGCAACCGUCAACCACCGUUCCAUCAUCAAAACCUACGAGAUCUUUGAGACCUCUGAUGGGCGUAUCUACAUCGUCAUGGAGCUGGGCGUCCAGGGCGACCUCCUUGAGUUCAUCAAGUGCCGGGGAGCCCUGCAUGAGGAUGUGGCCCGUAAGAUGUUCCGCCAGCUUUCCUCAGCUGUCAAGUACUGCCAUGAUCUGGACGUCGUCCACCGAGACCUCAAGUGUGAGAACCUUCUGCUUGACAAGGACUUCAACAUCAAGUUGUCUGACUUCGGCUUCUCCAAGCGCUGCCUGCGGGAUGGGAGUGGGCGCAUAGUCCUCAGCAAAACCUUCUGUGGAUCAGCAGCUUAUGCAGCCCCCGAGGUGCUGCAGGGCAUCCCCUAUCAGCCCAAGGUGUAUGACAUCUGGAGCCUGGGCGUGAUUCUCUACAUCAUGGUCUGUGGCUCCAUGCCCUACGAUGACUCUGACAUCAAAAAGAUGCUGUGCAUCCAGAAGGAGCACCGAGUGGACUUCCCACGCUCCAAGAACCUGACUGGUGAGUGCAAGGACCUCAUCUACCGCAUCCUCCAGCCAGAUGUCAACCGGCGGUUACACAUUGACGAGAUCCUCAGCCACUCAUGGCUACAGGCCCCCAAGCCCAAAGCCAUGUCUUCUGCCUCCUUCAAGAGGGAGGGGGAGGGCAAGUACCGAGCUGAGUGCAAGUUAGACACCCGGCCAGGCUCAAGACCUGAGUACCGGCCUGACCACAAGCUUGGGGCCAAACCCCAGCACCGGCUGCUGGUGGCACCUGAAAAUGAAGAAAAGAUGGAGGACAGGCUGGCUGAGACUUCCAGAGCUAAAGACCAUCACAUAUCUGGAGCUGAGGUGGGGAAAGCAAGCACCUAGAGCUGGCAAGGGCCCUGGGGGGUCAUGGUGUGCAGUUUGCACUCACAUAAGUAGGCAGGUAGGAGCUGAAGAAGGCACAAGUACAGGAACAAGUAAAAUCCAUCAAUUAAAUCACUAUUUUGAUUACGUUCUAUUAGCUUUCUUCCACUUAGUAGCAAAGACGUUAAUUACUGACCACCAAAUAAACCACGAAGUGUAUACAAG